AUGCGGCUUCUUAAUACGACAACUUUGGGGCUCGAGGAGUUCUUCGGCGAUGACAAUCCACCAUACGCCAUUCUUUCGCAUAGAUGGCUAAACGAGGAGGUGUCUUUCCAAGACAUACAAAACGGCACGGCCGCCAAGAAAGCAGGAUACUAUAAAAUCAAGCAAUGCUGCGAACAGGCUGUGAAGGACGGGUUGAAAUUCGCCUGGGUCGACACAUGCUGCAUCGACAAGACUAGUAGCGCCGAGCUAACCGAGUCCAUUAAUUCGAUGUAUCAAUGGUAUGAAAAAUCAGCAGUAUGUUAUGCAUACUUGUCUGAUGUUACGACAACUGAUCCGUCGAGUGAUGCAACCUUUGGAGAGAGUGUAUGGUUUACCCGUGGCUGGACUCUGCAGGAGCUCAUUGCGCCCAAAACCGUUGAGUUCUUCAAUGCAACUUGGCAAAAAAUUGGGACAAAGGAAAGUCUUAAGGAUAUCAUUUGGGAAGUCACGAAAAUCGACCAAGCCAUGCUUGAAGGUGCAGAUCCCGACGAAUUCAGCAUUGCGAAGCGAAUGGCUUGGGCUUCGAAUCGAACAACUACCAGAUCAGAGGACAGGGCGUACAGUCUCUUGGGACUUUUCAAGGUCAACAUGCCCAUGCUGUAUGGGGAGGGCGAGCGGGCAUUUAUUCGGCUUCAGGAAGAGAUAAUGAAGUACUCGGACGACCAGUCGCUCUUUGCCUGGAAAAGCACCCACAACAAUUACCGCGGACUCCUAGCGAAAUCUCCUCUCGAUUUUAUUGACUGCUUCAACGUUGUUCCAUCCAAGUCCAAAUGGAGCCGAAGCCCAUACACUUUUACAAAUAGAGGAUUGUCGAUACAGAUGCCUAUGGUAGGUUGGGCUAUGGAGACGUAUCUCGCUGCGCUGGAUUGCGAGUUGGAGAACACCCCGAACAGUCGCAUUGGUAUCUACCUACAACUGCUGCCAGAGAGCGGCCAGUUUGCUAGAGUGUUGCUCGAAGGGGCAGACACUUGUACCUUUGACUCGAAACUGGCAGCAAAAGCUCAAUAUAAGGAUAUCUACGUCCGACAAAAGGACUAUGUUGAUCGCCCGAUUGAUCGUCUUUAUGGCUUCUGGAUCCGAACCCUGCCAACGAAAAUUACCACCGUCUCAACAGGAGAAAAUGACCGGGUCUCGGAAGUCCAAUCCUUGAACGAGUGGUCUGAUGAGGAUCGAAUUCUCGAAAUGCCAAUAGGGUCAAGUGGAACCGCUGGAUCGAUUUGGUAUUCCACAGGAUCCAGAUCGGAGGCACUGAAAUUGGGAUUCGAUGACGACUUCAAUCCUAUUUGCCAAUUAGGAGGCCAUCUGUACAGUCCUGUGAAGCCCCCUAUUCCCUCGCAAUCGGUUGCUGCGCAAAUGGAUCCUUCAUGGAUGACGAUUCCAAGGAGCGACUAUCUACACCGCGGCGACAGGCUCUUUGGAUAUGAGAACGAAGACUAUUCUAGGCGAAUAUCGAUAACUGAUGAGAUAGUUGGCAAUCGGAGAAUGUGGGUGCUUGAUGUUGUGGACAUUGACGACUCUCUUAAUUGA